AUGAAGGUGGAAGAGCUGUUGAGGAGCUUGAUGGUGGAACUAAGGAGCACGGCGCUGAGAGUCCGCCUGGCGGAUUCCCUGUCCGAGGUGGAUCUCGCCGCAGACGUCAUCCUCCUGGAUGGUGACGUCAUUAAAAUUGACUAUCCUCUUGUCUCUCGGGACAGACGCGGAGAGACAGAUCGUCGCUACUUCAUGACGGAAGGAGUGUGGCUGGACGAGAGGGAAUACGAGGUAGCAUUGAGGGGGGUGGAGGAAGUGUAUGGGAAACCGCUGAAGCGUCUCAGUUCCCUGACCAACGAAGAGCAUCUGGCUAUCUUCGGGGGAGUCUCUCACAUCUCUGAGCUUUCCCAUCUCAUCAUUUCCCAGUUGGACGAGACGCUGAAGACAUGGGACCCGGGACAAUCACGAAUCGGCGUUUCCUCUUGGGAGUCUGCCAGUACCCUUGCCUUCGUGAUUGCAAUGGCUCUGGAACCUGCCCUUUUUGCUGUGAUAGAUGACUAUUCAAAUUACAUAUUAUGGUGCCUUGCUUAUGAGGACAUCUGA